GGGCCGCUUUCCCAUAAAACUAUCAUACGCCUGGCUUCUGCUUCCGCUCUUCUCAUCCCUAAAUCGAGUCCCCUAAAUCGAAGAGGAGCGGUGAGCGGAGAGGGGAUCGGAGAUGGGGGGCGGUAACGGGCAGAAGGCGAAGAUGGCUCGAGAGAAAAACAUGGAGAAGAUGAAAGCCGCUAAGGGGAGUCAGCUUGACUCUAACAAGAAGGCCAUGAAUAUCCAGUGCAAGAUUUGCAUGCAAACAUUUAUAUGCACCACAUCGGAGUCUAAGUGCAAGGAACAUGCCGAAGCAAGGCACCCCAAGAAUGAUCUUCAUCAGUGUUUCCCACAUCUGAAGCAGUAAGAGCACCUCCUAUGCUAUGGCUUUUAUGAUGUGAAACAAAGUCAUGUUUAUUGAAGUUAACCAAAUAUAAAAAAUGUGCCUGUGAUGAACUCAACAAAUGUUAUUGCUUAAAUUUAUGUCUUUACCCGCUGCAUUUGUAUUUUAAGAUGGCAGAACUUUUGAUGAGAUUUUAUGUAAUCCAA